UCAGGCGCGUCAGUCAGGGGGAGGGCUGCUCUCUUCAGGAACAGAAAUAUUUUAUGUUUGGGCGGAGUGAUCUCUCGUUCUCUCAGUCACAGCCUCGGGUCACACUGCAGAGCACGGUAAACCGAGGGACCACAGGAUAUACAGGGGUUUUCGAUGUUACCCGUGUUUUUGUAGGUGUUGGUGUUGAUAUUCUGCAGUUUGGCGGGAUUUGGGUGAAGAUUUUCCUCUGAACUGAAGACCACUUUCACUGGCAGAGAGCCUCAGAUCCUUCAUUAAAAGAAGAAGUCAGCUGCCCUUCAGUCGCCCUACAACAUGUCUGCUCCAGGUUAUCCAUCUCCAAACCAGCCUCCAUACCCCAUGCCCCAACCAGGUGGCUACUCCAUGCCCCCCUACCCAGUAGGAGGUUAUGGAGAACCUGGGCAUGCAGCCCCACCUGCUGGAUUCCACAUGGGUUAUGGGCAGGGACCAGAUCAGCCAGUAAUGUACCAGCCCGCCCCAGUUAGUCCUCCACAACACCCAGGCCAGAUGCCCAUGACUGCUUACGGAGGUGGUUCACCUGCUCCAGCUCCUACAGCACCAAUAGCAGCAGCACCUCUAGCCGUGCCUGUGGGAGUACCCCCUGGUCUAGAAUAUUUAACACAGAUUGAUCAGGUUCUGAUUCACCAGAAAGUGGAGUUGCUGGAGGCAAUUAUUGGAUUUGAGACCAACAAUCAAUACGAGGUCAAGAACAGCAUGGGGCAGAAGAUCUACAAGGCCAAGGAGAAGAACGACUGCUGCACACGAAACUGCUGCGGCUCGCUGAGGAGCUUUGACAUGAAGAUCAAAGACAACACAGACCGAGAGGUCAUCCGACUCAUUCGACCUUUUCGCUGUGCCACCUGUUGGUGCCCCUGCUGCUUACAAGAGAUGGAAGUGCAGGCACCUCCUGGAACCACAAUAGGCUAUGUCACACAGGACUGGCAUCCCUGUUACCCAAAGUUCUCCAUCAAGGGCCCCAACAAAGAGACUGUGAUGAAACUGGAGGGGCCAUGCUUGGCGUGCAACUGCUGUGGGGAUGUCAACUUUGAGCUAAAAGGCAAGGAUGGAGGCAAGUCAAUUGGUCGAAUCAGUAAGCAGUGGUCUGGACUGUUAAAGGAGGUGUUCACUGAUACAGACAACUUCGGCAUCCAGUUCCCCUUGGACAUGGAUGUUAAAAUGAAGGCUGUGCUGAUGGGAGCUUGCUUCUUGAUUGAUUUCAUAUUCUUUGAAAAAGUUGGAGACUCCAACCAACGCAACACUGUCUUCUCCUAGACAGAGAAGACUCCUCCUAUAGAUUGCCUUAGUAAAAAAAUACUAUUCCUCUUGCCUUUUUGUAACUCGAAAUAUUUUUUACAGUAUCUAGCACUUUGAAGUCACUCUCUUCAACUUAGUGAAACACUGCCAAUCUCAUCAUAUCCUUGCUUUUAUACAGUACCAACCAAACAUUUAGACACAUCUUCACAUUCAGUGUUUUUCUUUAUUAUAAUUUAAUUUCUACAUUGUGGUUUAAUAUUAAAGAUAUAAAAACAAUUCAGAGGCACAUAUGGAAUUAUGUAGUAUGAUCUAAACCCAACUGAGAUGGGGAUUUUGGGAUGAGCUGGAGAUUCAGCUUGACUGAAAAGUAGCAACUAUUGUUCAGCACCUCCGGGAACUCCUUCAAGAUGCUGAGAAAGCUAUUCCAGGUGACUCCAUCCCAUUAAGCCACUGAGAAAAUCUGUCAUUAAAGAUAAAUGUGCCACUAAGAAGAAUCUAAUGUCUAGAACACAUUUUGUUUACAAAAUAAUUCCACAUGUGUCCCUGUAUAGCUUUAAUAUCUUCAAAAAUAAAUGUACAAUGUAAAAAAUCAUGAAAAGAAAGAAAACACAUUGGAUAAGAAGAGCUGGGUCCAAACGUUUGGCAGCUACUGUAUAACUGAAAUCAUUCUGUCUCUCUCUCUCUUACUCUCAGCGUCACUCAACAACACCUACAUGUUGAACCUUUUCAUUGCUGAUUAACCGAAACCAGUUUUUCCACUUCGGGUUCAAACCUUCCCUAGACACACCUGAAGCCUUUAGACCACAAGCUAUGGUAUUUACUUGCCAGUGGUAGAAGUACUUUGCAUCUGUCUGGUAAAUCUUAAUACGCUGUUAAUAUCGAAUGUGAAUUCAUUGCAUUGUUUUGUACAGAUUUGCACAAAUCAGGUUCAGCGUUUUUGUGUAACCAGUGAUUUAACCAAUCUCUUUUUAAAUCGAAAGCCACUUCUAUAAACAUUUAAUUACUGCCAUUUUGGACUACACCCAGCAAGAAUUUGUAUUUAUUUUUUAUGUUUUAUAAGACUAACAGUGCUACCUCUAUCAAGAAUUGCAGAGGCAAACCUUUCUUGUAUUAUAGUUCUUUGACACAAACACACAAUUAUUCUUUUUGUGUAAACAGCAGAAGAAAUAGUUAGAGAAUAGCUUAAUUUAGCAUUACAGCAUAUAAUUGUGACAAGUCUGUUAGAAUGAAGUACCGGGGUCUGCCUUUCUUGUUCUAAUCCUUUUGUUCACUAAACUUUUGAUCAUGUAAAAGCAAGGAAAAACAUUGACACCGGGGGCGGUGCCUGGAAAACCCUGUUGGAAAUCUUUCCUUUUCCCUGUGGUUGAUGACAACAUGCCUAAAUAACUCGCACAGUUUCCAGCGGGUGGAGAAACAGCAGACCUCCACAGAAGUUCAUGUGGAUGAUUUUAUUGUUACAGGGAUAAAUUAUAUGAUUUUGGUCUGGAAAUGAUCAGCUGCGUGCGGCUUUUGAAUGUGUACCACUAGGAUUUAUUCUAAGUUUAUUCUGUUCCCAUGGAUCAGCCGCUUAUGUACUAACAACAAUUGUUUAUACUGUGAGUGUGUCUAGGAUAAGGUGUUUGACAUAGAAACAUGAUCAUGUUGCUUAUAUUGCUGUUUUCCAGAGCUAUAUUAACCCGAGCUCAGUAAGCCAGUGUAAUAUUAAUUAACUCUAAGCCAGGGUUAAUCCAUGCCCAGGAAAUCUAUUUGCCCAACCUGUUAAAAAAAGUGAUAUAUGAUCAGAAAUGCAUUAUAGCACCCUGUUAUAUAAUGUUUCGCCUGCAUGACUUAAUCAUAUCAGUCCUUAGACGCCUUUGUACAAAGCCAUUGUAACAUAUUGUAUCCUGGUGCCUAUAUUAUUAGUGUGAUAACUGCUAAAACCAAAGCUUUGUAUAUUGAAAAGCUGGUAUUUAACAAAACUGUUUUUUCUGCUGUGCUUGUAUUACUGUCUUUAUAUACACUAUGCAUGUCUGUGUGUCCAUGUAUAUGUAGUGCCAUAAUUGUUUCCAAGUAAAAGGUCAUGCUAACAUACAA